AGACCAGAUUGGGAAAAUUCCUGCAUGCAUGGAGGAUGAAAAUGAUGUCUGUACGGAAGUGGAUGGGUAUUCUGAUUCAGGAAGCUCUGCUGACUGUGGGAAUUCCAAGACUGCAGCUUAUCACGAUAUCCUGAUCCUUCUAUCUUCACUUGAUGUAGAAGCAAGACAUCAAGAUGAAUGUACAAAGGUUCACUCAAAGGGAGAAGAAGAGAAGAGGGGAGACAAAAAGCUGGAAAAUUUUUGCAAAGAUGUUACCAUAUCAGAAGAAGCAGUUGAAAAGAAGGAUAGUCCCACUCCUGUCUCCAAGGGAACUGAUAUUUUGUCCAGAGUUUCAGAAAUCUCACCUGCCCACCUUGAUUCCAUAAAUGCAGCUUCAAGGAAGCCUUCAAUACAUCCCAAUCUGCAUUGGGCUGAAAUGGCUGGUGUCAACAGCAGAAAUACUGCAUCUGAUGAAUCCAUAUUGAAACCAGAUGUCCUCCUGUGCUCUCAACCUCAGCAGGGAAUUCCUCUUCUUGGGCUUAAUUCUCUGAAUGAAUCUCCUAAGCAACCUUCAUUUCAGGAACUCCUUUCCCUCAUUGGGGCCUUGGAACAUGAUUCAUCCCAACAAAACAGUUGGGAACAGGAGAUGAAGCGGAAAGAGUCAGAGAUGCAAUCACUGAAGGAAAACUGGGAUGAGGAGAAGCAAAAGAGAGAGAAACUUGAAGUGGACCUUGCUCAUCUGAAAACAUGCCUCAGGAACCAAUUGCUAUUGAUUGAACAGCUGUCAAGAGAGAAGGAGCAAGUGAAAGCUGGAAGCCAAGAGUUGGCUAAUCAGCUGAAGGUCUUGCAAGAGAGGCAUGAAGAUGAACUUGAGAAAAUGAAGGAGAAUCACAAAGGAGAUAUUCAGCGUGUGCGUAGUCUCUAUUCAGUCAAGGAUCGGCUGAAUACAGAACAGUGGUUGGCAGCCAAGACAAAGGAGAUCAAGGAAAUGACUGUGAGAGGACUUGCUCCUGAGAUCCAGAGGCUCCUGUCUUCUCAGAAAGUUGAGGUGGAAGCCUUGAAGAAAUCCAUGGCUAGAGAAUGGGAAGACAGGGAGAAGGAACUGAAAAAGAGCAAGCUGAAGGAGCAAGAAGAGGCAUGUCAGCGGGAAAGAGAUGCUGCCCGCACCAGGUAUGAGAGGGAGCUGGAGAAGGAACUGGAGGUCCAUGAAAAAAGAAGAGUUCGUCUGAUGGAGCAAUUUGAGAGAGAAAAACAAGCUUGGGAAAAUGAGCUGAUGAGGAUGAUGAAGGAGGGAAGAGAAGCUCAUGAGCGAGAACGGAGGAGUUUUGAGGCAGAACUUGAGGAGUUGACAUCACGUUACAAUGAAAAGCUCCAGCACUUGAAGGAGUUUCACCAAGAAGAGAUGAGACAAAGAAUUGAAGAAUCAGUGAAUGUAGAGAAGGAGGCAUGGGAGAAGAAGUUGGAGAGACUAGAAGGGAAGUGGAUAUUUGAGAAGGAAAUGGAAAUAGAAGCAGUGAAGAGGAUGCAGAUGUCAGAAAGAGCCACUCUUCAGGAUCAGCUAGAAGCCAGCUUUCAACAGAAGCUUAUGGAUUUGGAGGAGGGUCAAAGGAAGGAGAGAGAGGAUUGGACAAAGAGGAUGGAAGAGAUGCAUUUGAUGCUGGAACAAGAGACAACUCGAUACUCUCACAUCCUGCAUGAUAAGGCCUCUCUCCAGGAACUCUUGGAAUCUCUCAAAACAGAUCUCCAGUCCUCAGCACAGAGACUUGCUGAGAGUGAGGAGGAGAAACGAAGACUGCAAGAAGAGACUGAGGAUAUCAUUGCAUCCAGAAUCAAGGAGAUAAUGAAGGAAAGGGAUGCAUGGAAAGAGGAAGCCUUGAGGAUUGCACAAGAAAAGCAAAUUCUCAUACAGAACCAUGAACGGGAACUUCAGAUUAUAGAUCUCAGGUCUUUUGUGCAGUCUCUUGAUCAGUGA